CGAAUCCACGUUGUAGAGAAUUGAGCCGCAUCCAUUAUUUAUGUAUGAAUGCGCCUUGUGUAUAAAUAAAUAAAGUUGAAAGUUAAAUAAUCCGGAAUGAACUCCCAGCAUAAUAUUGGUGCCCCAGAUGGCAGUGCAGUGGAACUUUGUUGUCGUGUUUGCCUGCAAUUAGAGGAUUUAAUGGUGCACAUAUACGAUAGUGGCGUAGUCGAAGAUUUUCAAUCAGAUUUAAUCACCCUAUUAAAACGCUGUGGUGGUAUCACGGUAGAUAAAUCCGACAGUCUUCCAAAAUUUCUUUGCAAAGAAUGCACUAGUGAAUUACUUGUGGCUGCCAAGUUUCGCGAAAAAUGCGAACGAACAAAAGAAUUGCUCUCAAUGACAACGUGGAAGGAUACCACAGAUCAAGAGGAAGCUUUGCCGAUAGACGUGAGCGACGUGGGACCAGAAGAACUUGCUUUAUCUCAGCCUGAGAUUACAUCUGAUAUGCAAUUAUUUAAUGUUUUGGAAGUACCCACAGGGGAAAGGGUAGAAAUUAAUUUUGGUGAAACACCAAUUGAAGACGAUUUUUCGGAAGAAAACCAUUUGGAAGAUGCGAUAUUAACUGUUCAUGAAGAAAUGACAUGUCUAGAAAUGCCUUGCAAUAAUUUUUUGAAUGAAGAAAGUAGUCACGAAAAAAAUGAAAUGGAACAUUUUGAAUACAUUGUCGACGACGGAGCAGAUGAACAAGAAAGUACAGAAAAUAUAGUUACACAACAGAAUCAUGAAGACUUAUUCACGUGCGAUUCCUGUGGCGCAGCAUUCCUACAAGCGUCCAACCUGCAACGGCAUUUAGAAAAAGUACACUUACUUCUACAGCCAAAUGUCUGUGCUAAUUGCGGUCACGCUUUUUCUUUGGAGAAGUCAUAUAAAAGCCAUAUCCACUGCUGUGUAAAAUCGAAAGCCCCUGGUUCAUGCGUUAAAGGUAAUUCAUCGACCAAAACAUCAGUUUCUUCAAGCGAAAGAGAAUGUGUAUACUGUGGAAAACACCUGCAAUCCGCUUUCGCUCUUAAUAUGCAUCUGCGUACACACACCGGCGAACGUCCAUAUAAAUGUACACACUGUCCUAAGGCCUUCAAAACACAAUCGGCAUGCUCAAUGCACAUGAAACGCCACGCCAGAAAGCCAGACUAUGCUUGCUCGAUAUGUAAUAAACUUUUCUAUGAGACCAGCAAUCUGACGGCGCACAUGCGGAUCCAUACCGGCGAGAAACCACAUUCUUGCAGCUUGUGUCAAAAGCGGUUUUCACGUGUAUUCCUUUUACAGUUACACAUGCGAACACAUACCGGUGAAAAACCAUAUCAGUGUACAACUUGUAACCGCAGUUUCGCACAGUUAUGUGAUCUAAGGAAUCACGAGCGAAUACAUACGGGCGAAAGGCAAUACAAAUGCACUAUUUGUGGAAAGGCUUUUAUAAAACGAUAUGCGCUCAGAACACAUUUGGAACGACAUGCUGUGCUAAACCCAGAAGGCGAUACUGAGACUGAGGAUGCAAAUAAUGGAACUGAACAGUCAACAGUGAUACAAAUUGAAGAUGAAUCUGUAAAGUAUAUGCUUGAGGGGAACAUUUUAGAAGGAGAUAGUUAUUUUCUUUCGAAAGCUGCCGAAGGCGGUUUUUGUGAUUUAUCAUUUGAGGAAGUCCAGCCGUUGAGUGAAUCCAACCAAGAUCUUACGUGGAAUGAUUUCAUAGUUGAGGAAAUAUGAGUUACAGAUAUUUAGUUAAUGUGAAUGUUUUUGUAUACAAAAAUAUAUUCAACAAAUAAAAAUAUAUCUACCGUAAACCUUAAA